AUGAUAGGAAAUAUGGAGACCCCGACACCUUUUGAGGUUUUUUUUUGUCAACAUGUUUUUCAGAAAGGAAGCACUCUAAGAUGCUCGGACGACCUUCGUUAUUGUCAAGCGACCAAUAUCUUUUUCCAUUUCAAAAGCUGGACGGCAAAGAACUCGAAGCGAUAUCGCGAAGAUGUGGUCCAACCGGGGGAGGUUGGCGGCAACUGUGCUGAGUUCAGGGCAGAAGUUCUAAGGAAAAAUCAAAACGAACGAGGCUUCUUACGUAGUUGGGCGAACGAGUUUUUUCAUUUCGAGUCGGUGCCAUCGUUUUCUGUAGACAACGAACAUUGCGAUAUAAUUUUCGAUCGACCGACUGUAGUGAUGAAGUUGGAUGCUUCUGUGAACAUGUACCAUCAUUUCUGCGAUUUUGUCAACCUGUACGCUUCCCAGCACAUCAAUGGAUCGUUCAGUCAACAGGUCGAUGUCGUUUGGUGGGACACACAUAGUGGAGGAUUCGUAGAUUCGUGGUUUGGUGAUACCUGGAAGGCCUUCUCUGAUUCGAAACCAGUUGAGUUGACGGCUUUGGCUGGACGUCGUGUAUGCUUCAGAAAUGCCAUGUUCCCAUUGUUGGCUAGACAGGCUUUUGGUCUCUACUAUAACACCCCAUUGGUCAAUUGUCACGGUACAGGACUGAUGCAUGCAUUUGCUCACCAUGUUCUACAUCGACUGGGUAUUCAACAGAAAGGACCUCUGCUUGACAAAAUACGGGUGACGAUCCUCUCCAGGAGUACAAAGUUCAGGAGAAUUCUCAAUUUGGACGAGGUAAAAUACUUAAAUCUUGUAAUAGGGACUGGGAUACGUCAUUGGACAGGCUGA